GAGAAUCGCUGCCGUGGCGGUGGCCGUCGAUCACUCUCAGUGACUCUGCAACUUUGUCCCCGCCGUUGUCCCGUCGGGCCGCCAACAUUGCGGCGAGAACGGGUCGGAAGUGGUUCUGUAUCGCGUUCCGUCAUCCGUAACCUGUACUCUACGCGACCGUCGCCGCCGUUUUCUCGCCGCGGCGCGGUUCCCGAUUCGCGGCCAGUGCCAGUGCCCAUCGCUACGCCCGCGAAAAGCCCCGCACGAAGGAACGCGGUCUCUCUCUCUCCUCCGGGCCGUUUCGAGCAACGGUUACUAGGAUGUGGCGUAUCGGAGGAGAUGGAUCGUAUCACCUCAAAGUAUUGGUUCCCGGUGUGGCUGCAGGAGCUAUUAUUGGAAAAGGUGGAGACACGAUUGCCCAACUACAGAAAGAUACAGGAGCCAGAGUCAAAAUGUCCAAGUCUCAUGACUUCUAUCCAGGAACCACAGAGAGGGUAUGCUUGAUAACAGGCAGUUUGGAAGCCAUAAUGGCAGUUAUGGACUUCAUUAUGGAUAAAAUUCGUGAGAAACCAGAUCUCACGUUAAAAACAACUGUUGAUUUUGAAUCUGGAAAAACCACAGCAGAGAGGGAUAAGCAGGUAAAAAUCCUAGUACCUAACAGCACUGCGGGAAUGAUAAUAGGUAAAGCUGGGAAUUAUAUUAAGCAAAUUAAAGAAGAUUCUGGCUCUUAUGUUCAAAUAAGUCAGAAAGCGAAAGAUGUAUCAUUACAAGAAAGAUGCAUAACGGUUAUCGGAGAGAAAGAAAAUAAUCGUAGUGCGUUAAUGAUGAUAUUAGCAAAAGUGGCGGAUGAUCCACUAAGUGGCACAUGCCCCAACGUUAGUUACGCUGAUGUAAGUGGUCCUGUAGCUAAUUACAAUCCCACAGGCAGUCCUUACGCUCAAGCUCCAACAAGUACUCCCACGUAUACUUCUACAGCCGGCAUUAACACAGUAAGUCUCUUGAAUGGUGCUGGUCUCAAUUUGAACUUGGACUUGGAAGCUGCAAUAACAGCGGGUACAGCACCUGUAAGAACACAGCUGUUGGAACACAUAAAGUUAAAUUUACGGACUAUGGGUUUUGUGGAACCAGCUGCUACCGAAAUUUUAUCAGCGUUUGCGACUCUUGCUAAGUAUAACAUUCUUGGGAUGACCAUCGGGAUGCCUUCCAGUAUGAGUUACCUUGGAAACCCUAUGGACAGUACUACAACAGCGAAUGGCUCCAACAAUAACGGCGGUGUAUUCGGGCCAAUUGGAACGGUUCCUGCUCUCGGAUCCACGUCUCCUACACCACGCAAUACACUUGACAGAUACGAGCCGUUUGAUCCAUUCAGACAAAACAACACAGCCGCCAGUGCUAUUCAUCUAAACAACAAUUCGUUUGGCCUGGGCACUAACCAGAUAUCACUUGUAAGUAAGAGUCCUACACAGGUAGACGCCAACAGCAAGGAGACCAAGAAAGUAGACAUGGAAAUUGCAGAGGUUAUAGUGGGAGCUAUUCUGGGACCCGGUGGUCGUGCCCUCAUUGAGAUUCAGCACCUAAGUGGCGCCAACAUACAAAUCUCUAAGAAGGGCAUGUUCGCUCCUGGUACCAGGAACCGCAUAGUGACUAUCACGGGUUAUCCUAAUGCAAUCGACACUGCUCAAUAUUUAAUUGAGCAGAGGAUCAGCGAAGAGGAGGCAAAACGAGCACGUCAGAAUGCCCUCGCCAGUAUGAUCCAUUGAUUUCAAGUACAGCACUUUUGUUCAUCCCCAUUAUUGAGCUCCGUUAUUCACCUCUUCGCAUCUUGAGAUGAUGCUGCGGUAGCUCUCUUCUCCCUUCUUUAAACACUCGCCCACCACCAACCACCACCUACCACCCGUUGUCAUCUAUCGCUACAUCACUAUAGCGCUUGCAUUCUCACAUCACUGUUCAUGCAUCCAUCAUGGCUCGUCAACAUUUAUCUAUCUUUUAAGAUUAUUACGAUAUAUGAAUAUUAUAUGUUAUAUGAUAACUACUACAAUUGUUCUGUGAUACACCACGUUACGGGGCUUUAUCACGAAUAACACAACACGUACCACAUCAGAGUCACAUAAUAUAUCUAGUUGUAUGGUAUAGCAUAUUGAAAGAUGGCAUGAGUAAAAUCUAUUGUUACAUUAGAGACGAUAUGGCGCAAUUCGGCCAUAAUAUUGUUCUUGGAAGAUGAUCGAGUCGGAGAUGUUAGAAAUGGGUAAUUGUUUCGUUUGUGAAAAACAAAUCUUUUCUUUUUUUGUUUUCUUAUAUAUACAUAUAUAGAGGCAUAAUCUAACUCGAACACACUCUUAGUUACAAGGUCAUACAGAACUCACAAUUGAAUGACUUCAAUCAGAGGAAUUAGCACCCCAUAUAUGUCUACUUACAUUCGUUUUUAUAAAAGAAUUCCGCGACUUAUUGUAUUGAACUGUUCCUUGAACUACGAAAUGAUUAGGCUGUUUUAAGCGACCUUACUCUUGCUUAAAUAUGUACUGUUUGAACACGCUUCUCAAGUACAGAGCAACACCUUGGCAAAACCAAAGAUCUUACAUUUAUGAAGCAGAAAUAACUUGGCUGGAAGAUGAAUAUACAUAUAAAGGAAGAUCUAUUCUACGUAUAAACAUAUAUUUAUAUAUUUACAAUGCUGGCUGGUCCAGCAAAAAUGAAUAACAUAAUAACCUUAUUGCCAAGUUUUAUUCUCAAUCCCAAAGCCUUUAUUUCUCAAAAAUCUUCAUCCAUCUAUAUCUCGUAGCGUUUAGAUUAAUGUACACAGAAAUAUAUUAGCGUCGAGUAUCAUUCUUUCUUACGUAUGCCUUAAGAAUGAAGAAUUUAUUUUGCUAGGAUGCUGGGGGAAAAACCACUCGACUUUAUCAUUUAAAGAAGGUCCUCGAGAGAAUAGUUUCCGUACAGUUAACAAUACGACACUGUAGAUAUACAUCAUACACUAAAACAUUUCGUCUAAUUAUUUUUAGUUUCAAGGUAUAUCAGUUGAAUACAAUUCGAAUUUAAUGCAGUUUUACAUUCGUCGACACUUUUGCCGAGGCAAAGGCUGCGACAUAGAAACCUUGUUUUCGUCAUUCCUUUAUGUUAUAGUUGCACGGAUACAGUUUUUAUUAUCACGUUGAAAUAUUUAUAUUUAUAUACAUGUGUUUUGCAAUAGUUUAAUCAUCAAGUGUCUUUCUUCCUAAUAACAUAUUCGUUUAUCGUUUUCCAAAAAUAUUUUACCGCAGUUUUUAUUAGCGACGUAUAGAUAUUAAUCGAUAAAACACAUAGAAAAGGAAAUGUUUCUCUGUUCAGUAAAUAUUUCUUUUCUGUGCAAUUAUUAAGUACCUUAAGUGUGAAGUAUGAAGAUUGAGAUUAUUUUAUUACACGUGUUUACUCUUACAUAAAGUGUCUGCUGUGGUCGGCAGUCAUGUCAUACAUCCUUGGGUUCUGUAUGAUACUGCUUUAUAUCGGAUUCUAUUUAAGCCAACCAAAUCUGUAACGAUUGCACUUUGACAUUGAAUCAAAUCAUUAGUUAGAAAAUGGAUUUUUAGAUAGAAAUCUUGUUUAUAUUGAUAACCCGUCGAUAUAAAUACAGCUUUUACUCCGUUGCUAGAUGAGAGGAGAAUUUACCAUCUAGUUAUAACAAACGUUUCAAAUCAUUGUUUUUCGUUGGGGGGUAGGUAUUAGGAAGGGGUGAUAUAAGGGAUAGGCGGUAAUCAAUAAUGGGUUUAGUUAAAAUAAUUGAAAACGUUAGCUGUAGCGUCAAAUAAAAUAUAUAAGUGUACAUGAGUACAAUUCAUAGCUGGAGGCGCUGGCUCACCGCUCUUUAAAAUAACUUGUAUAUUUAUAAAUAUCGCAUAACAUGAGUAAUAAUAUAUUACACAGAGAGAGAGAGGGAGAGAAGAGUAAAUAUGUAUAUGUAUAUAUGUAUAUAUAAUAUAUAUAUAUAUAUAUAUGUAUAUACAUGAAAGGUUUGAAUUAGAUUAUUACAGAAAGAGAAUUC